AGGUGUUGAAACUCGUUCUUAAAAAAAGAAGAAGUGGGAACAGAUUUACUGGAUCCUGAAAAGAUCUUGGGAGAGCAGAGUCCUUCAUUGUUGCCUUGUGUGUACUCCAAAUACUUUCAUUUCAUUGGUCCUCUGCUCUCCAAACAGGUGGCAAAAUGGGCUGCUCUUCCCACCACUUUGGCAUUUGUGCCGAUGAAUGUUUACGCUGCAACUGAAGAGGAACCAAAUUCACAUCGAGUUAAGGCACAUCAGCUUCCUAUUUAUAAUGCACCACCUCUUGAUUCAAGAUAUAUUAAUGAAAAGCCUGGCCGCUUGCAAAGUGUGAUUUCAUCAGUAAGAAAGACAACAAGUUACUACAUCAAUGGGUGCAAGGAUGCUUAUCUUUUUGUCAGAAAUGGAAUAAUAUCUUCUAUACAGUUUGGAAAAGAUGCAUAUGUUUAUCUGAAGAAUCCACCUCCAGAAUUUCUUCCCAAGGUUGGUGUGAUUACGAUUUCUGGACUGACUGGGCUUGUCCUAGCAAGGAAAGGAUCUAGAUUUAAGAAAAUUGCUUAUCCUUUGGGACUUAGCACACUGGGCAUAUCACUCUGCUAUCCAGCACAAUCAGUAGUUGUUGCAAAAGUAACAGGUGGGAAGGUUUAUGCUGCAAGCCAUAAAACCUACGAAGCAAUAGGAUCGCUAUGGAUGAAAAAACCUACAGCAGAAGUACCACUUGCACAGGAAAAAGAUACUCAGAAAGUUCCAGGACCACAUUCAGGAAAAGAGCAUAGCAUCUCAGGUGCUCUUAAAGUCAUCCAGGAAUCAGAGGAAAAAGCAAAAGCAUUGGAAAUGCAGUUUGAUGCAGGGAAGAUGCUUUCCCAGAAAGAGUCUGUGUCUUUGGCAGGUGAAGUAAAGGUGCCAAGCGUCAGAACAGAUGUACUGAAAGCACCGAAAUUUAAACCAGAUCCUAGGCUGAUGGACCAUGGCCAAUCCAGUCCAGAAGAUGUGGAUAUGUACAGUACAAGAAGCUAACAUAUUAGAAUCCCAGUCUUCAGGCAGCAGUAAUGACGGACAUUAAAAUGGAACUAUUACGUAAUUUGUAAUUGUACUUUGUUAUUUAAUCAGGUAUUCCUUUAACUCCACUUUGUACAGCCAAUUUGCUCUUCUUCUUUUUUUCAUUUCAACAAUAGCAUUUUUCUACUACUGCUUUUAAAAUUGUUGUCAGAUUUUUAUUUUUGAAGCAUAAUUGGCCUCUGUACAAACAGCUAUAAAGGCUUCAGGUGAUAUUGUCAUGUCAGCCUAGUAAUUAAUGAAAAUAACUUGGAAAAUAGGAUUUCAAUUGAUAGUGUCAACUAGAGCAGACACAUUGAAUCAUUUCUUGAAUGGUGAGUCAACAGUCAAGUAGAUUUCAGAGAUUCAAUGGGCCUGCAUCAUUUGGACAAACAACAGAAUUAAGGCCUAGGUUUCUACCUUGCUUCUGCACAAUAAUAAUUAAAAAUAUUUAAAUAUUCUUUA